AUGAACCACCACAGCAACUCUAGCUUCUUCCCCGAGAACAGCAACAAUAUCAACAUCGACAACAACUUCGACAACAACUUCGACAACAACAUCAAGAACAUCGCGAGCGAUGGCAGCGCAUCGGCGGUGACUCCGUGGGAGGAGGAGGAGGCCGACCCGUCGUCCCGUUGGCUCCACGCGAGCUCCACACGCAAGAAGCGCUGUCCCUACACCAAGCACCAGACGCUGGAGCUGGAGAAGGAGUUCCUGUUCAGCAUGUACCUCACGCGCGAGCGCCGACUCGAGAUCAGCCACCUGCUCAGUCUCACCGACCGCCAGGUCAAGAUCUGGUUCCAGAAUCGGCGCAUGAAGCUCAAGAAGAUGAACCGAGGCCGUUGCAAGGAGUUUCUGUGA